CGCUCCCCUUCUCCUCACGCAGCGCAGGCACCAGGAGUCUGAGCUCUGUGUCGGUGCUGAGGGCUCUUCUGAAGCACAGCACCAGCCGUGCUGGGCCGUGUGGUGGUCGUGCAAGAGCCCCCCUUUCCUGCGUGCAUCAGGCAGAAGGGCUGCGUGACGGGGAAUUUCUGUCACAAACUACAAAUCGGGCAUGCCUCAGCUGUAAAACGCGUUCAUUAAGAGCUCGUGAUUUUCUCUCCCCUGUAAUCGCACCUCAGGGGCUUGAGGAGUGCAGCACAAGCAGUGCUGCAGAAUUGGGAGUACCUCGGGGGGACGGGGACAUACAUUGUUGGCCUUUGAAGUGUGCUGCACGCUGUGUGAGGUAGGGACAUGCUGCAAGAGUCAAUAAACCGUGGAAAAUCCCGCAGUUAUGAAACCUCAGUUGGAUGCUGAUAACUAUGAGACUGAUCCAUGUCUGAAAGAGAUUCGGAAAGCGGAAAAUUAUUCUUGGAUGGAUAUAAUAACUAUACAUAAAGACAAGCUUCCAAAUUAUGAAGAAAAGAUAAAAACAUUUUAUGAAGAACAUUUACACCUAGACGAUGAAAUUCGCUACAUCUUAGAUGGAUCUGGCUAUUUUGAUGUUCGAGACAAGGAUGACAAAUGGAUCCGAAUUUCCAUGGAGAAAGGAGACAUGAUAACCCUCCCUGCUGGCAUAUAUCACCGAUUUACGCUGGAUGAGAAUAAUUACGUGAAGGCAAUGAGGCUGUUCGUUGGAGAACCAGUCUGGACAGCAUACAACAGACCAGCUGAUGAUUUUCCUGCUCGGAAACAGUAUAUGAAGUUUUUGACUGGAGAAGCACAGUAAUGGUGUCUGUGACCUGACAGGUGGAGCAGCCUUGAAGCCAAUCAGAAUAAAUGUGAUUUUUCAACCGACUACACUACUGGUUGCAUAUACACUGGAAUCACAAAAUCAUAGACAAAUUUAGGCUGAAAGGUCAUCUGGAGGCCACUUAGUCUGUUCCCCUUUCAAGUACAGGGCCAACUUCAAAAUUAAACCAGGUUGCUCAGGCUCUUGAGUUUUGAAAGCCUCCAGUGCAGGAGACUCUACAGGCUGGCCAGGUACUUGCUCCAUUGCUUAGCCGCUCUUGUGGCCUCACAAUUUCUCUUCAUGUCCAAAUCCCUUGACACCGCGAGUGGUUGUUAUCUCUCGCCCUGAGAAGAAUCUGGCUUGGAGUUCUCUGCACUCCCUUCUCUAGUGGCAAAAUACAAUUAGGUCUUCCAUUCUCCAGGCUAGACUAACAAGUGUCCUAAACUGGACUUUCAGCAGUCCAAGUUGUUAGUGAUGACAUCAGCCAUGAUUUGCCCUGGCUCUGACUACUGAGGAAUGUCACUUGUAGCCAGCUUAGUCAGACAGGAACAACUGGCUAUUCCUAGCCUGAUGGUCCACAAGUUUUUCACCUACUUUGUAGCUCGUAUUCCCAGUCUGAGUACAACGCUACUGUGGGAAACUGUUGAAAGCCUUGCUGUAUGCAAGGUAACUGCCAUCCACUGUUUCCCCUCUGCAACAGAGCCAUUUAUUUCCUCCUAGACGGCACUUGGGAUGGUCAAGCAGAAUGUGCCUUUGGUAAAUUGGUGUUGACCAACUAUUCCCAGUUCCUUAUAUUUCGUGUGCCUGGAAUGGCUUAUUCCAUAAUUUGCAGAAAUAAGGAUGGCCAGCCUCUCGUUCCCCAGAUCCUCUUUCUCUCCUUUUUGAAGAUGUCUGUAACAUUUGCCUUUUUCUGGCCAAAAAGAUUUCUGUUAUCUCUCUAAUGAUGGCAGCCUUCUGGUAACAUUAGCCAGUUGCAUUUACAGUAGCUCAGGAAUCCAUUUUCUAACCUUUUUUUUCCUGAUGUUUCUGGCAGGUAGAGUUGGGAGAGGUGGGCUACAUUAAUAUUCAUUCUGCUCCGAAUCCAUGCUAAUGAACUAUGUAGGAUUCUAGUUUUAAUUAAAGAAAAUAAACCCAACUUCAUUCUUGUCUAAAAAUGUUCACAAGAUAAAUUUGCAUAAUCGCCAUUUUAGUAUGCAGCUUCCCUAGCUCAGGCCUGGUACGUAAAGCUUUGGUUUUCUCUUGGCAAAAUGUAGCAAUUUGCUCCCAUGAGCUAUUAAUAAAAUUAAUUUGACUUCA